AUGUGCGAUAACGAUAUAGUGCUUACAAGAGCUGACAAGUCAAAAACUAUGGUCUUAAUGAAGAAGGACACGUAUAAAGAGCUUUUAACAAAGUACAUAAAAGACACGGAAUGCAAUAUGGCACACCCAAAGGCUUUGGAAAGGUUACAAGCAAGAGUAAAACGUUUCUCUACGACAACGUUAGCUAAGCAACUAGGAAUGACGAGGAUAAUAAUUUCAUCCCCAGCCAUGCCGAGGCUAUUCGGAUUUGCUAAGAUACAUAAAUCAGAAAAAAGCUUGAGGCCAGUAGUGGAUAAAUGCUGUGCUCCUACGAUAUUAUUAGAACGAAAGCUUAAGGAAUUUAUUAAUGCGAACAUGCCUCCACACGUAUAUAGCGUAAAGCAGCCAGUAGAGGUGCUCCAAAGGUUGAAACAAUUGAAAGUUAACGAAACAAACUACAUGACAGUGCUCGAUUUUAAGGCUAUGUACCCUUCAGUUAAGCUUGAACCAUGCUUUUGUCACCUAAGAGAUUUUUUAUUGGGCAAUGUAAAGAACGCAGUAAAGUUAAGAAAGCAAAUUCUAGAACUGGCGCAUUUGGCUACUUUCUCGUCACUUUUCGCCUUUGACGGUACUGCAUACUCGCAGCUUAGAGGAGUACCAAUGGGUAGCCCGGUCUCAGGCUUAUUGUGCGAGAUGGUAAUAAGAUCUCUGGAAAAUAACGUAUUGCAGAAAUAUGAAGAUAAUAUGAUAAUGUAUGCUAGGUACGUCGACGACGUAUUUAUUAUUUGGAAUAAUAAACCAGACAUACGCCAAUUUAUUGGAGAUAUUAACAGUAAUAUUUAUGGCCUUGAGUUAGAACUAGAGCAGCAAAAUCAAAAAAGAAUACAUUUCUUAGAUAUAGAGAUCGAAGUCGAUGAAGAAGGGGUAAUCAAUACAAAAGUAUAUAGAAAGCCGACGUACGUUCCGGAUUUGAUACCAUGGUUCUCGCAUGACCCAACAAGCUACAAACUAGCAGCGUUUAGAGCAUUAAUUAAAAGAGCAUACACUCAUUGUAGCAGGAUUUAUGAUACACGUAAAGAGCUGGAGUACAUCGAAAAGCUAGCAAGAGAUGUAGGAAUUAAGGAGAAUAAAAUAAAAGCCUUAAUACGAGCAGAAAAAGAAGGCAAUAAAAGUAAAGUUAAAAGAGAGAAAAAGGAGUUCACUGUAAUGGAAUACAGGGCUCAGUUAAGUAACAUUUACAGAAAAAUAGGAAUAGAAAGCAACAAGAAAAUAGCAUAUAAGAGAAACACGACAAUAUUUCAAAUGCUAAGAAACGACAAAACACCCGUUGACAGGAGGCUGAUCCCAGGUGUAUACAGAAUACCGUUGUAUGAUAGGAGGCUAAAUAAGGAGUUAUAUUAUAUAGGAGCCACUAAAAGAUCAUUAAAUGAAAGAUUGAAGGAGCACAAAAAGAAUGUAAGCUUUAAACAACCAGUCACGGCUUUGGCCAAUUACGCGAUAGCAGAUCCAACAGAGAUCGACAUCAAAUGGAGCAAGGCAGAUGUCAUACAAAAAGUGAAAAAUAUAAAACAUCUAAAAUAUGCAGAAGCCUGGCACAUUUACAAGAGCAAAGAAAAAGGGCGUAAUAUAAAUUUCCGUGAAUCGAACAAAAUAGCGUCGGCAUGGAAAGCGGCAACUUUAAAAUUAUAA